ACGUCGUCUUCAACAAAGGGAAACACCGAUGCGGUGCUGAGCAAGAAAUUGGCUGGGGUAUUGAACUCGUAUGGUCUGAACGAAGGUAAGAUGAGAGAGAGCUUGGAGAUCUUACAACAGAAGCAGGAGUUGGAGUUGAAGCUGCUGGUACAAUCUGAUGUAUUCGGCGCGAUGCAGAGAAGACGAUUUAGAAGUGAUAUUGAAGGAGAGCUGCUGAAACAACAUUCAUCUGUGUUGAGAGAGUUCCAGCCUGUUGUGACCAGAGUGGAACAACUGGGUGAAAGAAUCAAUGAAUUGAAAGAAACCAAGUCUAAGCUUACUGAAUUCGAUCACCUUGAUCCAGAAUUGUUGAGUAAGAUCGACCAAUUAACAAAGCAGAAGAAUCUCAUCAUGUUGAAGAAAUCAAUAUUGCUGAGUUUUAAGAAUAACUUUACACUGACGCAGUACGAGGAACAUGUCUUGACAAACGAAGACAUAUCACUCGUGUAUUUUGAGGUCUUGCAGAAGUGUAACAAGAUCAACAAUAACUGUUCCAUAUUACUAACUCUUCAGAACCAGACAUUGGGAUUGAAGAUUAUGGAGAAGAUGUCACGUAUCUUAGAUCUUGCAUACCAGAGAAUUGCUUUCUUCUUGACCAACAGGUUAGACCAAUUCAUGGGUGAAACAUCACGAGGAUCAUCUACAUCGGGCAAUGAAGACAUUAGAUUGAUGAAAAUUGCAUUGUUCUAUUUGAACAACAACUUGAAAUACUUUGACGAAGUUACAGGUAAGUUGAUAGAGUCACGGUCCAAAGCCAUUGUCGACGAAUUCAUAUACCAAUCUAGUAACUCCGAUCCUUCGGAUAAUGCUAGACCUAUUGUUCUGUCUGCACAUGAUCCAGUGAGAUACAUCGGUGAUUUGCUGGCAUUUGUCCAUUCUGUUAUUGUCAAUGAGGUUGAGUUCGUCAGUACUUUGUUCAAGAUCGGAGAGGAUACAGACUCAAAUUUCGAGAGAACCGAAUUUGAACGUAACCUGAUCCAACUGGAAAACUCACAAGAUGUUAACAGAUCGAUCGAUAGUACUAUUGAUCAGAUUGUUGGUGCAUUGAGUAGACCGUUAAAAUCAAGAUUAGAACAAAUUAUCCGAAGCGAUAAGAAUUUCGACGUCAUUACCAAACUGUUCAACCUUUUGGAUUUGUACAGAAUGAUGUUCCAAAAACAACUGACCAAAGAUUCAUCAUGCUCAAUUUUCGAAACUCUUGAAAGCGUAAAAUUGUUAUGCGUUGAACGUGUAUUGAGUAUCUUGAAGGAGAAAGUCUUAAUUAACGAAAAACAACUAGAGGGGGAUUCAUGGCGCAUAGAUGAUGAUUCUCUAUUAACACCUGAUUGGAUUAGAGACUUCUACAACUCUAGUCUAUUAAUAUUCGACGAGGUUGGUAACUCGGAGGGACAUCCGUUGAACAUGGAUGACGAAACUUACAAAGGUUUCCUCAAUUUGCUCAUAGAUAAGCCAAUUGAACUCAUCCAGAAGCAGGCAAAGGCUAACUUCAAGAAUGACAAGGUCAAUUGGAAGAUACUGGUCAUCAACUCUUUGGAUUAUGUUGAGUCAAAGAUCCUAACAAUCCCUGCAUUGUCAACUGAGUUUGAUAAAAUCUCUCAUCUAGUUGGUACAGUGAAGGAGGAACUCAUCCAACACCAGUACGAAACGCUGUUAAAGGAUUCAGGGCUGGACAUCCAUCAACAGUUGAUACAACUGAUAUUCCCUAUUGAACAGAUUGAGACAGAUGAGGAUUACUAUAUGUAUUCGUCUUUGAUCGAAAACAAAUUGUUCAACAAGGACAAACUACAAGAGAUUGAGACUAAACUGCACGAAUUCUUGCCUAAUGCUCUGAUAGACAUUCAACAGGCUUUGUUCAAGAUCUCAUCACCUUCCAUUGCGAAUGAUAUCAUCACAGAGAGUUCAUUGAAGUUUCUCAAGUUGUACAACGUUUAUUACAAGAUCCUGCACAUAUUGUACGAGGACGAAGAGAUUCUUGAAUGGAGUACAUAUGACGUUGCCACGCUACUGGGCGUUGAA